UAGCAUUAGCUUAUAAUUUCAAUCAUGUCACCUUACAGCAGAGCUUGCUGGUAUUUUCUGUAAACGGUUCAGCUAUUUCAAGACAAGUUGUUGUCAUCUGUCUCAACACAGUUAAAGUUAGAGCAUUACUGUAAACACACUUUUGUGUUUGUAUUUGGAUUAAAUGUGGACAUAUUCAGAAAUGAAGACAGCUGCUUCGCCUGUUUCACACACAGCUAAUGUUGUUUUCCUCUCUAUUUGGUAAAUACAUAAGCAGGUCGAUAGGUUUGUUGAAAGUGAAACUAUUACAACAGACUUCAGUCAAGCAGGACAUUCUGUGAAAGAAGCAUACGAAACACAUCAGGAGAUAAAAGCUGUUUGUGAAUAAUGUGGAGUUUGAGAACAGAUCAGUUUAAUGCUGCUAUCUAGAGACUGAAUGGAUUUAUGAACUGAAUGAAGACUGUGUUUGAUGUUCUUCGUUCUUGAGACCGAGUAAUUGGUGUAAAUGUGAAGAGUGAUUUCUCAGAGAUGAAAUGAGCACAUCAGGGUCACAGCAGCUCUAUUGGCUGUGAAUCUCAGCUGUUCACAGAAUCAAGGUUGUAUUGAGGAACAAGUGAAAAUUUAAAAGAGUUGAAGUUCAAAAGAUCACAGUCCUCACAGUCAUAAAUGAUUCAGAUACUCAUUGAUUCUAGGAGCCGUUUCUGAAACUACUAAACUGGAUGCACUUCCUGUAAAAUGAGUCUCAAUGAGAAGAAAGAGGAGGAGGAUGUUCACACACAUAAAGCAGCAUCUCCAGAACCCAGCUGUGUGUCUGUGAAGAGUGACAGAUCCAUAGAAAUGCCCCCCAGUCUCAGUGGUGAAGCAAGGACCUCUGACCCUGAAGAAAAGAGAGAUGAUGUGAUCAGAUCCGUGACGCCACGUCUGACCUGUGCUGACUCCGACUGUCAGAGAGUCAAAGACCAACACAAAACCAGCAUGAAGAACAAGUAUGAGAGCUUAUUUGAGGGAAUUGAGCUAGAAGAGAAUCAAACCCUCCUGAACAGGAUUUACACACAGCUCUACAUCAUAGAUGGAGAGAGUGAACGAGUGAAUGAAGAACAUGAGGUUUUACAGAUGGAGAAAAGACCCAGAACACAAGACACUCCAAUCUACUGCAAUGACAUCUUUAGACCCUUGCAUAAACCAGUAUGUGAGGAGAAAGACAAAAUCAAGAUUGUUCUUACUAAAGGCAUCGCUGGAAUUGGAAAAACCGUCUCUGUGCAGAAGUUCAUUCUGGACUGGACCGAGGGAAAAGCCAAUCAGGAUGUAGAUUUCAUGUUUGUGCUUCCAUUUCGAGAGCUGAACUUGAUUAAAGAUCACCAGUACAGUCUUCACAGACUUCUGCUGGACUUUCAUCCUGAACUUCAAGAUGUGAGCUCAGAGAUUUAUGAGGAGUGUGAAGUUGUGUUCAUCUUUGAUGGUCUGGAUGAAAGCAGAAUUACACUGUUGUUCUCAGACGUUGAGAAGGUUUGUGAUGUGAAUGAGUCUUCAUCAGUGGGUGUGUUGAUGUUAAACCUCAUCAGAGGAGAGCUGCUUCCCUCUGCUCUUAUCUGGAUCACCUCCAGACCAGCAGCAGCCAAUCAGAUCCCCACAAAAUACAUCAACCAUGUGACAGAAAUUCAGGGAUUCACUGAGCCUCAGAAAGAGGAAUAUUUCAGGAAGAGAAUCAGUGAUGAGCAUCAAGCCAGCAGAAUCAUCUCACACAUUAGAAGAUCAAGAAGCCUCCACAUCAUGUGUCACAUCCUGUCUUCUGCUGGAUCUCAGCCACUGUGCUUCAAAACCUCCUGAAACAAGA